UGCAAGUUGCUGCACAUUAUAGAACAUAUGAUUGAGAGGGUUAACCAUGAGUGAUUUUUGGGUCCACCAUGUCAAGUUCUUCAACUAUGUUCCAAGUGGAAUCCAGUGCCUGGCUUAUAACCAAACAGACAAGCUCCUGGCAGUUGGCCGAGAGGACAACUCUGUUGAGAUUUGGAAGACAGGAGAGGGGAGGAAAUGGUUGCAACAAAAGGUAAUCCCAGGUUCCAAGAAGAGGAAGGUGAACAGCCUUGUUUGGGUCAAAGGUCGUCUCUUUUCUGCUGGACUUCAGGGAGACAUCACAGAAUAUGAUCUGCAUUGUCUGAAGCCAAAGAAAUCAGUCUACUAUGGAAAUGCCUUUUGGUGCAUUGUAGUGAAUCAUGCUCAAACUCAUAUAGCAGCAGGUUGCGAGGAUGGGUACAUCCGUCUCUAUGAGCUGACUGACGAGGGCCUCCUUUACGACAGGUCACUCCAGAUGCAACAAGGUCGGGUCGUGUCACUGGCAUGGCAUAUUUCAGACGAGGUCAUUGUAACUGGAUCACUUGAUAAUAUCAGGAUAUGGAAUGUAAAUACAGGGCAUGCAACACUGCGGAUCACCACCCAGAGGGUUCAGAAACAUACAGAGGUUGUAGUUUGGCAAGUAGCUAUCUUAGAUGAUAUGACCGUCAUCAGUGGAGACUCUGUCGGAAGGACGCAGUUCUGGAAUGGCAAACAUGGGACACUGCUCAAGAGUUACACCAGUCACCGAGCAUCCAUUCUGGCCCUUGCUGUCUCCCAGGACCAGGGCCGUAUCUUUUCGGCCGGGGUGGAUCCCAUCAUUACAGAGUUCCAGCUGGUCCAGAAGGCUUCGGGUUCCGAGACCAGGCACUGGGUCCGUGGUAAGACCAUCCGGGAUCACAGCCACGAUGUCAGAGCUCUGGUCAUAGCUGGUGAUGCACUCAUGUCAGGAGGUGUGGAUACUCUACUGGCAGUAAAUCCAGUGGACAUUGAGACAGCUGUCGGCAAACCAAGUAAAUCAGCGGCACAACUACGUCACAGAAUACGCAGCUUCCCACAUAAGCCUAUUGUUUGUUUGGCGCCCAAGGCCAGGAUGCUUCUCUUGCAAUAUUCUCAUUCCCUUGAGGUGUGGAAACUAGGCAACACAGAGGCAUCCUCAGAUGAAGAUGGCAAACAAUUACCAUUAUCAGAACAACCAGUGAAGUUAUUGGAACUGAAGGCUAAGGGCAUGGAACAAAUCCGAUGCAGCACCAUCAGCAGCUGUGGAACAUGGGUAGCAUAUUCAGAUGUGGAAAAAAUCAGAGUCUAUCAUAUCACGCACAACCCAAUGUCAAUAAACAGGGUGCCUACCAUCCCUUCCAACCUGCAUCCAGCGCAUCACCUAGUCUUUACCUCAGAUUCAUCCAAGCUGGUCUCUGCGUCGGGUAGAUCAUCGGGUCUUCAGGUCCUCACCGUUGACGGUCCAGAUGGAGUGGACUGUCCCCAGCCCCUGGUCCAGUCCAUAUCGGUAGCAGAGGUCCAGGGGCCGUACACGGCGCUGACGGUCAGCAGGGAUGGAGAGAGGGUUGCUGUUGUGGGGUCAGAGGGCAAAGUGGCUGUCUUACCACUGAAUUGUAACAAGAUCAAAUCAGUGGUCCUACCUCACACCAAGGCCCAUCCAUGUUGUUUAGAAUUCCACCCAUCCAAUAAGCAACUAGCAGUAGCUUAUACUGACAGAAAAAUUGCGGAGUAUGACUUCACCAAGCACGAGUACACACCUUGGAGCAGGUCUGUACAUAAGCAAGGGCUCCAUCAAGCGUGGAUGGUAAAAACCAGCGUCAUUCACCAGAUGACCUUUGAUCCUUUGAACCCUGACAGGCUCCUGGUCCAAGACGGAACCUGGUUGACCGUCAUAGACAAGUCCAAGCCUUUACCGAGACCAAAUGAGAGGCUGUUGGCUCCAAGGGCGGCCAAGCGACGGCAUGAUGGGUCUUCCUCAGAGGAGAAAAAUCAUGGGUUUUCAAUAUGCAAGAAAUACAAAGUAAGUACCCAUUUUUUGUGAGGGGUAUGUGAAGUU